GGUAUAACACUUGGUUGCAUUUCCAAUGCAUUACAAUAGCAUUGGAAAUAUGCCGUAACCUAUGUAACGGUGUCUUUCUACUAGUGAUGACAUUUUGUCAGUAAUUUAUUGAACCAGUUAAUCUUCCAAGUAGACCACGUACAUAUUACAGAUAUCAUAGAUAUAUAUCCAAAUACAAUAUGGAUACAUAUGAAAGUGCACCAAGCCAGGAUGUGGUAAUAUGUGACAUUAACAAGUACUGUGCACAUACUAGGAUCAUGGAACAUCUCAUAACUUCAUUAUUAAGAGAAUUUAUGGACGAACAUGCAGAUAAAGAUCUAGAUGUGCCAACUCUAAUAGAGACCUUUAAAACUCAUUGCGUUGACUUUAUGGAUGACUUAAGCUUAGACUCAGAUAAAAAGUCAUUAGCUCUGGAGUUCUACUGUAGAAUAAUAUGUGAAUUAGUCCCAGAAGCUAGAGAAGUGAUACAGGGCAGAGAUACAAAUGAUAAAGCUUGGAAAUUUAUUUUCAAUCAUAAAUCAGAGCACAGAAGCAAGUGGACAAUACUUGUCUAAAGCUGAUACAGACAAUCCUAUUUAUGCAUUUGUUGCUGCCACUAAAAAUGUUAAUAGUUCUUUCAAAAAAACUAUACUGGCUGAAAUUAUUAAACGGUAUAUGGUGGUAUUGUAGCAGAUUUUUCAUCAACUCUGAACAGUGAUCAUAUCUUGCCUUUAAAUUUAUAAGAAUUGAAGCUGAA